GAAAGGUCCGUCCCCGCCCCUUUCUGUUUGCUGCAGCGAGAUCCUUCUCGCCGCAUCACGCAGCGGGUCCUACCAAAGAGCUCCGGCGUGUUGCAUCUUUGGCUGAACAGGAAUUGGGACAAGUCAUGGCUGAUGAGGGAUAUGUUGUGCGAAUCAGGGGUCUACCUUGGUCUUGUUCAGUAGAUGAAGUUCAGAGAUUUUUCUCAGGCUGCAAAAUUCUGAACAAUGGAAGUGGAAUACACUUCACCUACACAAGAGAGGGCCGCCCUAGCGGAGAAGCAUUUGUGGAACUGGAGACGGAAGAAGACCUGAAGAUGGCCGUGAAGAAGGACAGAGAAACGAUGGGUCACAGAUACGUUGAGGUGUUUAAAUCCAACAAUGUUGAGAUGGAUUGGGUCAUGAAGCACACUGGCCCAAAUUGCCCGGAGACAGCAGGAGAUGGGCUUGUGCGCCUCCGGGGCCUUCCCUUUGGCUGCAGCAAGGAGGAAAUUGUGCAGUUUUUUUCAGGGUUGGAAAUCGUGCCAAAUGGGAUAACAUUGCCGGUGGACAUCCAGGGGAGGAGUACGGGGGAGGCCUUCGUGCAGUUUGCUUCACAGGAUAUAGCUGAAAAGGCUCUAAAGAAACACAAGGAAAGAAUAGGGCACAGGUACAUUGAGAUAUUCAAGAGCAGCCGUGCUGAGGUGCGGACCCACUACGAACCCCAGAGGAAGCCGAUGGGGAUGCAGAGACCGGGUCCCUACGACCGGCCCUCGGGCGGGCGCGGUUACAACAUGAUGGGCCGAGGAGGCUCCUAUGACAGAAUGCGUCGAGGUGGCUAUGGAGGAGGUGUGUCUGAUGGGCGGUAUGGUGAUGGCAGCUCUUCCUUUCAAAGCACAACAGGUCACUGCGUCCACAUGCGGGGGCUGCCGUACAGAGCCACAGAGACGGACAUCUACAAUUUCUUCUCUCCGUUGAAUCCUGUGCGGGUCCACAUUGAAAUUGGCCCAGAUGGGAGAGUAACCGGGGAGGCAGAUGUAGAGUUUGCAACGCAUGAAGAUGCUGUUGCAGCAAUGUCCAAAGAUAAAGCCAACAUGCAGCAUCGCUAUGUAGAGCUGUUCUUGAACUCCACAGCAGGGGGCAGUAAUGGAGCCUACGGUAGUCAGAUGAUGGGUGGCAUGAGUAACCAGUCAUCUUACAGUGGUGGCCAGCUCAGCUCAGGGUACUCUGGUGGGUACAGCAGCCAAGGAAACAUGGGCGGCUAUAGUGAAUAUAUUAGGUAACCAGGGCGGAAUGGGAAGCAGUUACUACGGCGGUGGUGGAGGUGGAAGCAGAGGCUCAAUGAAUGGACUCGGUGGGGGAUGGGGAAUGUAGUUUUUCUGUUUGUUUUUUUUUUUUGUUUUUUUUUUUGUUGUUUUUUGUUUUUUUCUCACUCUGAACCCUUAAUUUCAUGUUUUUAACUCGGCAUUUUGCUGGAAGGACUGGAAAUGUCUAGCUUUGUUAAACAUAAGAUGAUGAGGGGAGGUCGUCUUUUGAAAAGUACUGAGGGGUGGGAUUUGUAUUUUUUUUAAGCGGGUGAUUUACAAAGAGAAAUGUGAUCAUUUGUCAUCACAAGAAGUGUUGUCUUCCCCAUUCCUCCCAGACCUGACUCAUUACAAAAACCACGUUAAUGUCCCGUCGUCCAGAAGUGUGACAUUUUGUUCUCUGAACACCUGCCUGUUUCUGAAAGCUAACGCUUCCCGUACUGGUGGACUUUACGUUAUUCAAGGAAUGCAUGAGCAGAAAACUUUUCUGGUAUUUUUGGAUGUUUGACCUCAUUUUGCUUCUUACGUGUUUCAGUUAAAAAUGUAAAUCUGACUUUAUGGUGUGCAGGUGUUUUGUUUCCUAAUGUUAUGACUGUUGAUUGGACGUUUUUUGUGAUGAGGGCUACCUGAAUGGCAAAUCUAAAAUCUGCUACCAUGGAAGUUUUUACAGCUUUGAAUGCUAUUUGUAUUUUCUGUGCACAAAGUGAAUAAACUAGUCUGGAAUACCUUAAUGAAA